AUGUCUUCUCGUCCGUCUACAGAGCUACACGUAGACCAUUCGACGCUCGUCAAUAAUUCCCCGCACGGUGGACCGUCCAGAGUCGACAGUCUAGACCUCGAAGCGCAUAUCCCAAAGCUCAUGGACAGCAUAAAAACAAAAGGUGGCAUAGAGACAGUGCAAGAUGCAGACGUAGAUCAAGAAAGCCGUCAGCUCGAACGUCGUACGAGCGCCGUCAAUGAUGCAUGGCCCUCUGCCGAACUCGCAGAGGAUCCAGCGCUUGCGAUGGAAGCAAAGAACGAGAAGUCGGAUUUAUUCCUCGUUACAUUCGACGAAGGCGACCCGCUUAAUCCAAAGAACUGGUCAAGAUGGUUCCGAUGGUACCUAACCUUUGCCUCUUCUCUCCUGGUCCUCAACGCCUCUUUUGCAUCGUCGGCACCUUCAGGCCUCAUCCGCACCCUCAUGUCCGAGUUUCACAUGUCACAAAUCGAAGGGACGCUCACUGUCUCCCUCUUUAUUGCCGGCUACUGCGUCGGUCCGUUUGUUUGGGCGCCGACCAGUGAGAGCAUUGGUCGUCGACCCAUGUUCAUCGUCGGCUUUUUUGGCUACUUUAUCUUCCAAAUUGCCUGCGCACUCGCCCCGAACACGGCCGCCCUCCUCGUGUUUCGAUUCCUGUCUGGCUGCUUUGCGGCCUGUCCAUUGACCAACUCGGGUGCAGUCUUAGGUGACAUAUGGGAUAAUGAAACUCGAGGUUCCGCCACAGCCAUCUUUACCCUGUCUCCUUUCGCUGGACCCGCCAUUGGUCCUAUCGUUGGAGGCUAUAUUGAGCUCUCAGGCAUCAAGUGGCAGUGGCUUUUCUGGAUCCUCACCAUCUUUUCUGGUGUAUGCUGGCUCAUGAUCCUCUUCACCAUUCCUGAGACCUACGGACCUGUCAUUCUCGUCAAAAAGGCCAAGGCCCUCCGCAAGUCCUCUGGCGAUUCACGGUACAAGGCUGCACUUGAGCUUCAAGAGGUCAGUAUGGGGAAGAAACUCGGACGCAUUCUCGGUCGUCCCUGGAAGAUCUUCUUCUUUGAGCCAAUGUUGGUCAUUAUCACCCUUUAUAUGAGUUUUGUCUACGGCCUGCUCUAUCUGUUGUUCUUGGCCUACCCAGUCGUCUUCAUCCAGGGCCACCACCUCAACGCGGGCGAAUCUGGCUUGACAUUCUUGCCCAUCUUCCUUGGUGGUGUAAUUGGAGUGAUUCUUUACCUUUACAUCUACGCGCCCAUGUACACCCGUGUCUCUCAAGCAAACGGUGGCAAAGCUUCUCCAGAAACUCGACUUCCCAUGGCCAAAAUCGGCGGUCCAAUUCUGACCAUUUCCAUGCUCUGGUUCGGCUGGACGAGCUAUCCGCACAUUUCUCUGUGGGCGCCCGUUCUUGCAGGUUUAGGAGUUGGAUUAUCUAUUGUGCUCCUAUUCUUGUCAUUGUUCAACUAUAUCAUCGACGCCUAUCUCCCCGUAGCAGCCAGUGCGCUUGCGGCGUCGACAGUCGUCCGAAGUGCAUUUGGGGCAGCAUUCCCAUUGUUUGGAAACCAGAUGUACGUCCGUUUGGACCCACGGAUUGCGUCGACCGUCUUGGCGGCCAUCACACUCCUCAUGGUCCCCGUACCGUUUGUGUUCGAAAAGCUUGGGCCGAGGAUACGCAAGAGUAGCAGAUAUGGUCUUUCCGACUAG